CUCUAUGUUGGCAACAUUCGUAACAAACAGCAUUCAAAAUAUGUAUGACGUAACAUAUUAUUUUGAUACUAGGUGUCCUACCCGUUGCCUGAUGCCAAUUCUUCUAGAAGAGUAGCUCUAGAAAUAAGAUGGCCCAAAAACUCAAUUGUAUUCAUUGAUUAAUUCAUACAUUUAUUAUUUGGCCAAAUCUGCCUUUGAAGUGAUCUGCAUUUCAAGUGUUUAUAUUCGUAUAGGCACUAUCUUUGGCCACGAAUAGUACGUCACGCAGGACCCCUAUUUCUGUGAGCGGAUUUCAAAUUUCAAAACAAACCGCGCCUUGUCUUGUCUGUCAGGUUAGUGAAAAGAUUUGUGUCAUAAAACUUCAUAUCGGUAUUUUGAACUGUAACAGCUUACUAGUUUAAUUGCAUGCACGCUUUUUGUUUUUAAUUACUCUCAGGAUGUAUUCCCCUUGAAGAGUUGCAAAAGUUACGCUAACGUUAGCUGCUAGUAGGUGCCAACUAUGGAUGCGGGUGAAAAGCAGGGUGCGUGCUCCCUUUCAUGUGCAGAUGGGAAGGUAUCCGAUAUUCCAAAACCUGCCUCAAUCGAAGACUUCGUUGUUUUGAAGCCCAUCAGCCGUGGUGCCUUUGGAAAGGUUUACCUUGCACGGAAGAAAAGCAAUGCACGCUUAUAUGCAAUCAAGGUGGUGAAGAAAGCAGACAUGCGUGACAAAAAUAUGGCAGAUCAGAUGAAGGCAGAGCGGGACGCAUUGGCCCUCAGCAAAAGUCCCUUUGUUGUGCACCUCUUCUACUGUCUCCAAUCAGCAGCAAAAGUGUAUUUGGUGAUGGAAUACCUUAUUGGAGGGGAUGUGAAAUCACUUCUUCACAUCUAUGGGUAUUUUGAUGAGGACAUGUCAGUGAAAUACAUUUCAGAGGUGGCACGUGCUUUAGACUACCUCCAUCGCCAUGGAAUCACCCACAGGGACCUAAAGCCGGACAAUAUGCUUGUGUCUAAUGAAGGCCACAUCAAGCUUACAGAUUUUGGCCUCUCCAAAGUCAAGCUUGACAGGGAAUUGAGUCUUGCCGAUAUCAUGACAACCCCAUCUUUGGCAAUGCCUAAACAAGAUUAUUUCCGCACCCCUGGUCAAGUCCUGUCUUUGAUCAGCUCUCUUGGACUUAACACGCCAGCAGUGGAGGGCAAGCGGCACAGCAGCGGCUCGGCUGUGUUUAGCCCUAUGUCAUGUGGGAAAAUUGAACAGCGGAAAAACUCGCUCAGUUCGCCCUUGAGGAGACAGAAGGAAUACCUGCGUUCCCCUGUCUGCCUUAGCCGGACUUUGGGACCCAACAGCUGUGUGUUCAGCCCAUAUGCUUUGGCCAAGAGCCUGACUCCCAGGCUGCUCAAGUCCAGGAGGAGGUUUGACACCAUGAGCACAGGCGGCAGCCAAUCAUGCAUCUUCCCCUCCACCACUGACUCUGAGGGAGGUGUCAGCCCACUAUGGGAGCUGGAGCAGAAGGAGAUUGAGAACGUGCCAUACCUAUAUGGUAGGAAUGCAAGUGGACAAACGGGAGGAAAGGUGACCUCUGAUAUUAGGAUGCUGGGCCAGGGCUCUGCCCUGGCAUCGUUGGACAACUUGGAACUACGUGGACAGCUCCACCAAGAACCCAGUACCGGAGAACUGUCCAGGAAGGCCAAACAGGAACCCCAUGUUGGAAAGAGGCUUCAGUUUAACGAGGUGGAGCAAUCUGCCCCACCCAAGAAGCCUGAACUCUCUCAACCAAUCAGAGGCAAUGUUUCUGGAGCUGAAAGUAUCUGUGCCACCAAAGGGAAACCAAUGGAAGUCCAGUCUGGGGUAACCUCAGCAGUAAAGAGAGGGUUUGAGGAGGUGGAGAAAAGUCCUGAGCAGUUGGAAUCGCUUUCCAAGAAGAGAGACUCGGAGUACCAGAGGUGUUCUGGGGUCCCAGAGGUGGCUUUGAAGUAUCGUACUGGUCUGACCGGGGUGUUUGCCGAUGUUCAUUUGGAGGAGUUUGGAUCUAAGGGUCAAGGGACUGCUAAAGGACAGGUGCCCAAACGCUCCAGUCCCAUUGCUGUGACUAAAAACCUCCUGUGUGAGUUGGAUGACCUAGCAGAGGGGGUCUUUGUUGAGGGCAGGUCUUUUGGUGAAGACCAUGAGCUGAGCAGCAGCCUGAGCAUCGACUCUGAGGGGUCGGUUUCUGAAAUGUCCAUCAAUGUCAACAGCCCAACCCCAAAGUGGUCGACUCAUAGUGCCAAAGAAGGGCAUUUGGCAUUGUUAGAGCUAGACAACAGCGAAAUAUCACUGCCACCUCAGCCACCCACCUUCGCUAGUAUAGGAACAGCACUGCCGGGCAACAUGCUCACCCUGCGAGGAGGCGUAUCCAAACGCUCCUUCCUUGACAGAGUCCCCGAGCUGGACCCCAGCGUGACCAAGUCACCCUCGUUCCUCAAGCCCAGGAACGUGGUGGCCUUCCGGAGCUACUGCAGCUCCAUCAACCGCUCCAACAUGUCGUGGAACUCACGCCUCAGCCUGGGCUCAGUGGAGGCUAUGGAUAUGGCUACCUCAGCCUCCUACCACAGUAUGCCUGCUGCUGUCACACCAGUCCAGAAGAGACCCAACUCCAACAGCUCUCUCUAUCAGACCCCACAGACGAUGACAACAUCCCACACUCCAUUCAGGACCCCCAAGAGUGUCCGACGUGCUCCGGUACCUGUGGAGGGAGUACCGAUUUUAGGCACCCCAGACUACCUAGCCCCAGAGCUGCUAUUGGGGAUACCACAUGUUUCAGGAUAUCUUAAUUGUGACUACAUGGUGGACUGGUGGGCCUUGGGUGUGUGUCUGUUUGAGUUCCUCACCGGUGUGCCCCCCUUCAAUGACGAAACCCCUCAGCUUGUCUUCCAGAAUAUUCUCAACAGAGAUAUCCCAUGGCCUGAUGGUGAUGAGGAGCUAUCCCACAAUUCCCGGAAUGCCAUAGAGCUCUUACUCACCAUGGAUAUGAACAAACGGGCUGGACUCAAAGAACUGAGGAGCCACGCUCUCUUUGCGGGUUUGGACUGGGAUAACCUCCAGAACCAGACAAUGCCCUUCAUCCCCCAGCCGGAGGACGAAACAGACACGUCAUACUUUGAUGCUAGAAACACUGCCCAGCACCUAGUCAUGUCUGGAUUCAGUCUGUAGGUUUGUACACCAGCAUUGGGGUGAAUUCCAGUCUAUUCAGGAAGUACACUGAAAUUCCAAUUCCUUUUAAUUUGGUAAAAUUUGGAAUUGAGUUUACUUUCUGAAUUGAAACGGAAUUGACCCCACCCUGUUGUACCCCGACUGUUCCUCACUAUGCUAUUCUCUAUCCCUCAUCCUCUACCAUGCAUCACUGCAGUGUUUUCCCUACUGUUAUGUAGGCUGGGCAGGUCCCCUAUUGAGUUUUGUUUUGGAGUUCUAGUUGGUUAAGAAAAAAAUAGGAUUAAUAUAUUUCUAAAUCUUUGUGUGUGAGUUGAAUAUUUGUACUGUCUGUCAACUUAACGGCAUAACUGUCUUUUUAUAUCACGUAGCACCAUGUUUCACUGCUCUUUUAUGCGCCUGCCAUUUGUAAAGUGACCACUAUGAUUGAUUUCAUCUUCAUGCAGGUCACAUACACUACAUCUGUAUGGAUACUCUCCACAAAAUAUUGAUUUCUUGUAGGAUCUUUUAAAACUUUUUUUAUGUUCUUAUGAGGGAAAAUGUACAAAUUAAAAUGAUGUGAAGUGAUUGCAAUUAUAUUAUUAUUAUUUUUCCAUGAUACACGAAGAACCAAAACAUUUGCGUGGUCGGAUCUUGUGUGUGUUGUGAACCUUCAUAAGAGGAAUGUGUUUUCAGUCAAACAGAUCCAAAUGCUUUAUUAACUUUUCAUGCCUUGGAUGACAGAUCACAUGCAAACAACCAACUACUAAGGCAGAAAAUGUGAGCGCUUUAGAUUUAGUAGAAAAUGUAUUUAACAAAUCAAUGGCUCUGAAAAGAGCAUCAGCUCUACUGCCAAUGUAAAUCUUAUGUAGUACAUUUUGAAUGCAAUUAAAAUAUUGCAUUAAUCUGGACUGUACAGCCAUUUUUAAACACUGUAUACUACAUGAACCAAUUCAAUGUUUUUAAAUCUAACAGAUUUGAAACAGAUGCCAUAACCAAAUUGACACAUAAUAUACUUUGCUACAUUAAAACAAAGAUUAUUGCUAUUAAAAGGACAGUAAAAACAAAUCAAAAAAAUGUGAUUUUCCUGUGUUUUAUAUUUCCACACUGAAGUUGGAAUAAUACUGAAAAUUAUAAUGUCCUUUCAGUGCAAGAGCUGUUUGAAAAGACUGCCUGAAAUUAAAGCCUGUUUUAGUGGGCUGGGGUUUUGGCCUGCCUGAUAACGUCUCCUGGUGCUAAAUUAGUUACUAGACCAAUAAGAAAGUUCCAAACCUCUGCCAAUAACGGCAAAUGUUCAGUUUCCCUAGGAAAAUUCUUG